CAGGAUCAGAACCAGGACCUGGAUCAGAUCCAGGAUCAGGAGAUGGACGGGGAUCAGAUCCAGGACCGGGAUCAGAUCCAGGAUCAGAACCAGGACCAGGAUCAGAACCAGGACCAGGACCAGGAGUCCAGCACCAGGACCAAAGCGGACUCUUCGUCCGCUGGUCUGCAGAAACAUAAAGCCAAAGAGAGAACCACAAGUUACUGCUGUGAUAGGAGGGAUAAAGUCCUGACCACUUCACCAGGUCUAAAGGUCCGAAAGAGGAUUCAUACUGAAGAGAAGCUGUACAGCUGUAAGCAGUGUGGGGCAGCUUUUACCACAUUAACUAUUUUAAAGUGUCAUCAGCGUGUCCACACUGGAGAAAAGCCAUACACAUGUGAUCAGUGUGGUGUGGCUUUUACCCGACAAGGUAAUCUAAGGAGUCAUCAGCGGAUCCACACUGGAGAAAAGCCAUACAAAUGUGAUCAGUGUGAGGCAGCUUUUACCCAACAAGGUCAUCUAAGGAGUCAUCAGCAUAUUCACACUGGAGAGAAGCCUUACAGAUGUGAUCAGUGUGGGGCAGCUUUUACCCGACAAGGUCAUCUAAGGUGUCAUCAGCGUAUUCACACUGGAGAGAAGCCCUACAGAUGUGAUCAGUGUGGGGUAGCUUUUAGCCGACAAGGUAGUCUAAGGAGUCAUCAUUGUAUUCACACUGGAAAUAAACCUUACAGAUGUGAUCAGUGUGAUGUGGCUUUUAUCCAACAAUGUGAUCUAAGGCGUCAUCAGCGUAUUCACACUGGAAAUAAACCUUACAGAUGUGAUCAGUGUGGUGUGGCUUUUACCCAACAAGGGGAUCUAAGGCGUCAUCAGCGUAUUCAUACUGGAAAUAAACCAUACAGAUGUGAUCAGUGUGGUGUGGCUUUUACCCAACAAGGUCAUCUAUUGAGUCAUCAGCGUAUUCACACUGGGGAUAAGCCUUACAGAUGUGAUCAGUGUGGGGCAGCUUUUACCCGACAAAGUGAUCUAAGGAGUCAUCAGCGUAUUCACACUGGAGAGAAGCCAUACAGGUGUGAUCAGUGUGGGGCAGCUUUCGCCCGACAAGGUCAGCUAAGGCGUCAUCAGCUUAUUCACACUAGAGAGAAGCCGUACGGAUGUGAUCAGUGUGGGGCAGCUUUUACCCGACAAGGUCAUCUAAGGCGUCAUCAGUUUAUUCACACUGGAUAAAUAAUUGUCUGUGAUCAGUGUGGGGCAGCUUUUACUCGGAGAGCUCAGUUAAAGGAACAAAUUUAUACAUGUUAUGUUCUGAGAAAAAAAGAAGUCUGGAGUUUUGUUUUCAGUUUCAACUGAAAAAUGUGUUUAUCAGUGUCAGAAUAUUAGAAAAGUGUCACACAGUAGUGCGUUUUUCAUGUGGUUUUUAUCACAAUAUGUACUAUUCGUGCUGGAUUUAAAUUACCUCUGGUCCAGCAAUAAUUCUAAAAGGACACCGUGACAUCUGUAUUUCGUUCAGCUGAUUCACACUAGAUAAGUGAAGUCUGUGUUGUACUGCCCUCAUUCUGUUGAACAAUUCCCUUUAUUUAACACUACAUUUUAAU